AUGGCUCCGCCGGAGCAGCCGACGGGCGACGAGGUUUCCACAAGCCCGCCCGCCGGCCAUGCUGCGGAUGCUCCCGAGACGAGGCCAGCUCGAGACCCCAAGCCCGACGCCGACGACCGCGGCGAGGCUCCCGAGGUGGCGGCUGAGACCACGACCCCCUCCCAUGACGCCGUUCUGCACACCUCCUCUACCGAUGACCAUGGCGGCGUAGCCUCCGGGGGUGAGCCGCGGCCGACCGCUGGCUCUCAGUUGGCCUCCACAACCAUGCCCGACGACGCAACCGCCAAGGGAGCUUCCAAAGACACACUGCUUCGUCCAUCUACACCUGUCAAGGGCAAGCAACCUGCCACGAGCUCGGACCAGCCCUCCGAUGCCAUGGCCUCCUCGGUAGCCACCCUCAAGGCGUCCACACCUACUCCUCUCAACGACACAAACUCCCAAUUCCUCACCGCUGAACCAUCCAGCUACGUUGAUCCCACGCCCGCCACUCCGAGAACCUCCCAGCCGCCCUCACGGACCCCCUCGCACGCCAGGUCCGUCCAGUCCGACGACGACCACUCCCCCUUCAGAUCCGACGAAGAGAAGCGGUACGCCAGCGAGGACGAGCAAGAUGGCGGUUCACGAUCCGAGAUCCAGAGCAUCAUGGAGCAGUUCAGCGAAGCCGGCGGCGGCCCCGGCGAGGAAGAGGUCAUGAGCCCUAGGCUGGAGAUCACCUCUCCCAUACUCGGCGGCCCCAUGCAACACCCUCCCCGCAAGUCCAGCCUCGAGCCUCUCGCCCCCUCCAUCUCCAGCCAGUUGCAUGACUUCAACGCCUUGCGCCUGACCACCUCGUCGCCCGCCGCCGUGGGUGCUGACGAACGCUCGCCAGACGAACAGGGACCCCCGGUACCCCCCAAGGAUGGCGCGUUCGGCACUCCUCCGCGCCCCAAGGCCGAGCGAAAGGCCUCUCUCAUCGCAUCCCCCGCCUCGCCCCCGCUUCAGAUGCACCGCCCUCCUCCCCCGGAGCCCGAGCCCGAACCGGCUCUGCCGUUCGAUUUCCACCGGUUCCUGGAGCAGCUGCGAAACAAGAAAGCCGAUCCCGUGGCAAGAUAUCUUAAGUCGUUCUUGUCCGAGUUUGGGAAGAAGCAGUGGAUGGUUCACGAGCAGGUCAAGAUCAUUAGUGACUUCCUGGCCUUCAUCGCCAACAAGAUGAUGCAGUGCGAGGUCUGGAGGGAUGUGUCCGAUGCCGAGUUCGACAACGCUCGCGAGGGAAUGGAGAAGUUGGUCAUGAAUAGGCUCUACACGCAGACCUUCUCCCCAGCCAUUGCGCCUCCCAAGCCUAUUCCCGGUGCCAAACCAAAGAAGAGAGGAGGGGAUAUUCCCAUGGGACCCGGCCGCCGUGGGCAGCACCAGGAAGACGUCGAGAGAGAUGACGUUUUAACACAGAAGAUCAACAUCUACGGAUGGGUCAAAGAGGACCACCUCGACAUCCCGCCCGUAGGCGAGAGCGGGCGGCGCUUCCUGAAACUGGCACAACAAGAGCUUCUGAAGAUCAAGUCGUACAGAGCGCCGCGGGACAAGAUUAUCUGCGUCCUAAACUGCUCCAAGGUCAUAUUUGGCCUACUCAAGCACAACAAGUCGGACUCAUCGGCCGACUCAUUCAUGCCCUUACUCAUCUACGUCGUGUUGCAGUCCAACCCCGAACAUUUAGUGUCUAAUGUCCAAUACAUUCUGCGGUUCCGCAAUCAGGAGAAGCUCGGUGGCGAGGCGGGAUACUACCUGUCCUCCCUGAUGGGGGCAAUCCAGUUCAUCGAAAACAUGGAUCGUUCGUCGCUGACAAUUUCCGACGAUGAGUUCGAGAAGAACGUCGAGGCCGCCGUCUCCGCCAUCGCAGAGAGGCAUCAGGCCAUCUCGCCGGUCAUCACGCAGCAGGCCACGUUCAACGAGAAGCACCCCUUGCACCCCCCAGGGGAGUCCUCCAACAGACCAUCAACCGAUGGAGCGGAUGGGGCGCCUCCUCGGCGCUCAACAUCCUCAUAUGACGGCGAGCCGCGGGACGACGGGGCUGCCAUAUCUGGGAUCCUGCGAACCAUCCAGAAGCCCCUCUCAACAAUCGGGCGCAUCUUUUCCGACGAGGGCGGCUCGUCGUCCUCAGCGCCGGUCAGCGCGCCACGUUCACCCGCCCCUCCUGAGCCGCCCCAGCCCCAUGCGCGGCAUCAUCGCGAAGAGGGCGGCGAGGACGCCCGGCGACAUGCAUCGGGCCGGCACGUGCUCUCGGCCGAGGAGGCGGCCGCCAGACAGGCCAGCGCCGAGGUGGCCGAGGCGCAGCGGCUGCAGCGCGCAGAGCACGCCAACGUGGUCGAGACGCUGUCGGGCAUGUUCCCCGACCUGGACCGCGAGAUCAUUAGCGACGUGGUGUACCAGAAGGAGGGAAGGGUUGGUUUGGCCGUCGACGCCUGUCUUGCAUUAUCCACGUAG